AUGUCUAAACUGUGUAAUAGUAGUCUAAUAUUCCAGACUGAAAGAAUAAUAUUUUUUCAGCCUGGUAUUACAUAUACAAUUGUUGGAAACAGUGAUUCCCCAGAUUAUUUUAAGAUUGAUUCUACAUCUGGUGUUAUUUCUAUUAAAAAAGAUCUAAGAACUGACCCAUCUGACAGAUCACAGUACAUUGUGAGAGUGAAGGCCUCAAAACAAUUUGCUGUCAAUCUUCAAGAAGUAUUUAGUACUGUUACAAUUAACGUGCAAAGAAAUGUCAAUCCUCCAAUUUUCGGACCAGAUGCCUAUGAUGUCACUAUUGAUGAGAAAUCACCAUUGGGUAUGUCUGUAGUACAACUUAAUGCUACAGAUGCUGAUCAGGAUGUACUGAGAUAUUCCUCUACAGCUAUACCUGAUUAUUUCUACCUCGGACCAACUUCUGGUCUUAUCUCAGUCAGGAGACCAUUAACUGGAGCCAAUUCUAUUUAUACAUUUGCAGUUACUGUUAGUGAUCAGUUUAAUCCCGCUAAAACUGAUGUAGCACAAGUUAGCAUAACCAUCACUCAAGAUACUAGUCCCCCACUAUUCGUUAACUUACCAUAUUCGAGAAACAUACCCUUCACUCAAGCUCAGGGUUCUUCGAUAUACCAAGUUGAAGCUACAGAUAAUGAUAUACAGGGUUCUAUUGUAUAUGGACUAAGUGGAGAUUAUUUAGCAGCACCUGCUUACUUUGCAGUUCAAAGUAUUACUGGUGUUAUAUCUGUACGAAAUCCAUUGACAACUGAUAGCGCUACAUCAUACACGUUAGGAGUUAUUGCCUAUGACAGUGGUUCACCAGAUAGAAGAGCUAGUGCUAAUGUAACAAUUACCAUUGAUAGAAAUCCACAAGCUCCAGUUAUCUCCCCACUACAAUAUGCUGAAAUAAUUAAUGAAAACCAAGCUGUACUGGUACCUAUCAUAACAGUUCAAGGCUCUGAUCCAGAUGGUCAAGCUGUACGAUACAGUUUUACUAAUGCUAGUCCUACUAUAUGUAAUGACUAUUUUACAAUUUAUGCUGAAACUGGUCAAAUAGUAGCGAAACAAUAUUUAACCGAAUCGCCUCAAACUCUCACCAGUUGUGUUAUGUCUAUAACAGCAACAGAUGUAGCACCAUCACCUAAAAAUAGUCAACAAGCUACAGCAAGAAUAACAAUUCAACGAAAUACAGCUUCCCCUGUAUUCCUGGAUAUUUAUGAAACUACUGUGCCAGAAAAUGCGCCUCUAACCAGAGAAAUUUUGAAUGUCACUGCUGUUGAUGCCGACUCUACAGCUAUUUUCUCUACAGUGACAUAUGAGUUAAUAGGCGAUGAUGACGUCGCUUCAUUCUUUAGUCUGAAUCCUAAUAAUGGUAUUAUAACUAUUAAUAGUGAUCUUACAAGAGCAGAUAAAAACCAGUAUACUGCAAGAAUAGUUGCUAAAGAUGGUGGAAAUCCUGCAAGGUCGGCUGUUACCACCGCCAAAAUUAAUAUUCUUCGUAAUUUGAAUUCACCAGUAUUUGAUUCCCUGACGUAUUCAAACAGAAUUUUGGAAACUAGGGCUAUAGAUACACAACCAGUAAUAACAUGUAGAGCUUCAGAUGCUGAUUCUCCUGGACCACAGAGUGUAUUGAGCUACCAAAUGGUUGAUACAACUGUAGGAAAUAAAGCUAGUAUUUACUUUAGAGUAGAUCAAGCAAACUGUAAUGUAUAUAUGCGACAGUCUUUGAUUGGUGAUGCGGACGAUACAUUGACUUAUACAUUCAAUAUCAUCGCAUCAGAUAAUGGUAUACCAAGGCGAUCAACGCUAACACCUGCUGCUGUUACUAUUACUGUUGACAGGAAUUUAUUUGCACCAAUAUUCGUAAAUGCACCAUAUGAAUCACUUGUGAAUGUUAACCAGGCUUUAAAUGUUGUGGUGGACAGAGUUAAUGCUACUGAUGCUGAUAGAGUGGAUCCAUUUAAUCGAGUUCGUUAUUCUAUCAUUGGAAAUAGUCCAUACUUUGCAAUUGAUAGUGUAUCUGGAGACAUACGAAAACUUGCUGCAUUAACUACUGAUAAUGAUGACAAAUAUUCAGUAAUUGUUAGAGCUUUUGACGGUGGAACUCCAUCCUUAAGUAGUGAAACUACUGUCACUGUUAAUGUUAAUAGAAAUCUAAACGAUCCAUCACUUCAAACUGGAAACCGUUCCAUUACCAUUUUUGAAACUCAGACUUUAGGAGAGGUGCUGUUUACUGUUGACGCUUUAGAUAGCGAUCUUUUAGAACCCUACAAUGUGAUGAACUUUGCAUUUAGUAACCCCACAGGACCACUUCAAGAGUUUUUCAAUGUAGACUCCAAAACUGGGGAUGUAUAUGCGAAAAAAUCUUUACGAUUGACUGGUAUCAAUAAUUUUGAGGGCAGUGUACGAGUGUGUGAUGAAGGUCAACCUCCGUAUGGUCCAAGAUGUGCAUCUACUCUAGCCUACUUUACAAUCAUUGUUAUCAGAAACAAUAACACCCCAUUCUUCGAACAGUUACCAUACCAGCAAAAUUUGGGUACAACUUUAACACCAAAUACAUUUGUUCUACAAGCUUUUGGAAGAGACAAUGAUCCAGACACAACACCAUUUGGUCAGCUAGAAUACUCUAUAAUUGGAGACGAUGUAGCUCCGAGCUCAUUUAAUAUUGAUCCUACAUCAGGGCGUAUAUCAGUCAGUAAUACACCUGCUGCUACAAGUGCAGAUGGCUUUUUUAUACGAAUACAAGUUUGUGAUAAGGGGGUACCUCCUAAAUGUAAUACCACAGUUGCUCGUGUCACAGUCCGAACAAACUUUGCAGCACCAAUCUUUGCUCCCACUACUUAUAGUCAGACAGUUAUUGAAACUUUCCCACUAGGAGAUAAGAUUGUUGAUGUAAAUGCUACAGAUACAGAUUCAGUUGGUCUGAAUGGAAGAAUUCAAUAUUCGAUAGCUCAAGGCACUGAGGGAAUGGCUUGUUUUGAUAUAAAUGUGGACACCGGAGUAAUUUUCGCAAAGAAAGCUUUAAAUCAAGCUCCUUGUAACCGUGACAGCUAUGUUAUGAGUAUAUCAGCCACAGAUAUGGGUACCCCGGCACAAACCAGUAAUCCUUUAGCAGACGUCACAAUCAAUAUUAUCAAAAACCUGGCACCAAAUUUCCAAAAUGACCCAUAUACACCAACAAUACUUGAAACUGAUACUGCAGGAAAAGAAGUUUAUAUUCUUUCAGCUAUUGAUCCAAACAAUGUGACACCAUAUAAUCAAUUACAAUAUGAAAUAGUGGGUGAUGGUACAGCCACAACAUAUUUCAGUAUUGUUAAAAGGGAUAAUAACAAUGCUGCUCUCAUACUACAGACCCCUGUUGAUGCUGAUACAUUGAAUACAUACAGGGUAACUGUUGUGGUUUCUGAUGGUGGUAAUCCUAGUUUAUCGGAUAGGACAACAGUAACAGUUAGUCCUGAAUUCAAUACGCUGACAUACACUGUUGUCGGUGAGCAGACGGCUACUGUUCUCUUUACCGUUAAUUCGAAUAAUGGACAAGUGUCUGUUGUACAAACUGCUGGGGAUCAGUAUGGUCGAUUAUUUUCAGAAACAGGAAUUUUAUACAAUCUUAUUGUGAAAGUUAAUGAUGGUCGAUGUCCUGAUGUAUUUGCACAACUUCGUAUCAAUGUGAACAGAAAUCUCCAACCUCCUGUGUGGACAACUGCUGAUUUUAUUGUUACAGUUCUAGAAACCGCUUCAGUAUCACAGUCUAUUACUGCUGUGUCUGCUAAUGAUAAUGAUCCUGCCGUAAAUCUUUUAGCAAGAGACAACGGAAUUCCUUCCAGAGUCAGCGGUCCUGCUAGAUUAACAGUCACCGUUCUCCGUAAUCAGUUCCCACCUAUCUUCCAAGAUUUACCGUAUGUUUCUACCAUCAGUUUAAAUAAUAUUCCAGCAACAGUAGCUACAGUUCGAGCUACAGAUGCUGAUACACAGAAUCCAUUCAAUGUGUUAAGUUAUAGACUUAUUGGUGAUGGUGUAGCUGUAGCGUUGUUUGAAGUUGAUACAAAUGGUCAGAUUAAAGUACGAGCUGGUUUAGAAUCUGAUAGCCGAAACUCUUAUACAGCACGUGUUGAAGUGAGAGAUGGUGGUACCCCAGCCUUGUAUGAUGUUACUGAAGUCGUUAUUACUGUAUCACGUAAUUUUGCACCACCAGUCUUUUCCCACCGAGACAUUAAUGUAGAAAUACCAUAUACUUCUCCUAUUGGUACAUUUAUUACUAAUGUCAAUGCAUCUGAUGCCGACACUACACUUGUAUUAGAAGCAAGGGAUGGCGGAUCACCUUCAAGAUUUGCUACAGUUAAUGUACGUGUGUCUAUUCUAAGAGAUAGCGGAUUGUUGGCUUUCACUGCACCUAACUAUGCAACCACCAUAAGUGAAAAUGUACCAGUCGGUCAAGAAGUUCAAGUGGUUCUUGCUCAACCAGGACUACAAGUUAAAGCCUCAGUAAAUGCCGGUGUUACCGAACAAACCGCCAUCGCGACAGUAACUAUCAAUGUUACCAGAAAUGAAUUUUCACCUGUGUGGAAUCGUACAAAUUAUGAAGAAACUAUUGAAGAGAGAUUAGCACCUGGUACCCAGAUAUUAGCAAUUGGUGCUUCAGAUCAGGAUGGGGAUGUGAUUGAUUAUAGAAUAGUCAGCGGAACACCUAAUACUGAUUAUUUCUAUCUUCAUCCAACAACCGGAAAAAUUACACUGGUUAAAGUUCUUACAGAUACCACUGCUAAUAGGUUUGAUGAUGUACUUAUUUAUGAGAUUACGGAUGUAAAUAACAGAGCUGCUCGUUAUUACGACAUAGAUCAACUAACUGGUGUUAUUCGUAUAAGAGAAUCUCUUGUUGGUACUAGUCAUGCCAGAGAUACAGAAAAACUAGUUUUUGAAAUGACAGGGGAUUUCCCAUCACAAAGUUUCUUCCGUAUUAACAGAGACACAGGGGAAGUAACUCUAAUUAAUCCAAUUAGGGAUGAUGGCUUAAAGAAUGGAGAAUAUAAGUUCAAUAUAUUAGCUGAAGAUGGUGGUAGCCCAACACCAAAUCAAUGUCGUACUGUUGUGAGAGUAAAUGUUAUAGUUGAUCAGCCACCCGUGUUCCAAAGAAUUCCAUACUCUGUAACUAUUGAUGAGAAUAUUGCCAAUACUAACUUGGUUUUUGAUACUGAAGCUAUCGAUCCAGAUUUGAAGGGUCAACUUGUCUAUAAUCUGGUUGGCAGUCUCAGUGCUCCUUACUACUUUCAAAUCGACAGUUCUUCUGGCAUAAUAACAGUUCAAAGAAGUCUGAGAUCUGAUUCUUUUACACAAUAUGAGGCUGUCGUAACUGCUUAUGAUGAUCAGUCUCUGGGUAAAACAGCCACAGCAACAGUCACUAUUAGUAUGGUUGUAAGAGUUAGUGAUCAACGUACACCAGCAAAAACAGCUCAAGCCAAUGUAAGAGUCAAUGUGCUGAGAGAUAAUAAUCCACCUAGAUUUACAUUUGGAGCAACACCAAUUACUAUUUCUGAAAACCUCCCAGUUGGCAAUAAUUUCAAAACCGUUACAGCUGUAGAUAAUGAUCUGAGGGGAAGUAUUGUUUAUGAAACAGUUGGAGAUGGAUCAGCACCAUAUUUCUUUAAUGUCGAUUCUUCAACUGGAGCGAUAACAAUCAAAAACAGUCUGUUAACAGAUCCAACAACAUUCCAAUACACGCUUCAAAUAAAAGCGUAUGAUAGUGCUUAUCCUGGAAACUCAGUUACCGCACCAGUGGUUAUCACAGUACUAAGAAAUGAAAAUCCUCCAGUAUUUGUCGGAACACCUUACAGUGACAACAUCAAUGAAAAACUACCAGUUGGAACAUCAUUCUUCAAUAUACGGGCUACUGAUGCUGAUGGUGAUCGUAUAUCUUACUAUGCUACCGGUGAUGCAGAUGCAAUGAAUUUUUUCAAUGUCAACAGUGAUACUGGUGCUAUAAGUGUCAGUAAACCAUUAGAAGGUCAAACGGCUGGAACAUAUAGGUUGUCUGUAAAUGCCACUGAUAAUGCUGUGAGAGAACGAUGGGCAACAAGUUUUGUUACUAUUACCGGAAAAAUUGUUAUUGAAGUGGAAGGCGAUUACCCUGCACCAACCUUCUUCCAACUAGGAACUAUAACUAACGGUCAAGGGGACAUUACUCUGAUGAAAGAUCUAAUGACAGAUUUUACCAGACUGGAACAAUAUGUGAUGAGAUUAAAGGCAUAUGAUGAUGCUAGACCUGAUCUGACUGCUACUGCUACUGCCUUUAUUAAUGUUAUACGUAAUGCUAAUGGUCCAAGGUGGGUAGUACCAUCAUAUGAUGUAACUAUACCAGAAGAUCAUCCUGUGUUAGGCUCGGUUGUUAAUGUGACAGCAGUUGAUGCUGAUCCUACAGAUACCAUUAAAUACGACAUCCUAAGUGAAACUAUUCAAAGAGAUUUAAGUACUGGACCAGCAAAUUAUUUCUUCAUUGAUGUUGAUACAGGUGUUAUCGUUCUACGACAAUCUGUCUUGAAUACAAAUAUCAACGAGUUCUUGAUCACUUAG